CAGCCCCUCCAGCUCAUGUGUCGUAUACCGGCCUUCUGCUGGAUAGUCUCCACUGCCCUCCGUGACGGAGCCCCCAGCUACUUUAGCCAAGUCACCACCACCACUUUGCCCAGUACAGCUAGGACAACGCCAGCAGGCUCCAGUGAUACUACCAACAACAGCGCUGAAAAAGCCACUCCAACCCCUUCCAUCUUCUCCUUCACUGUUCCCAACGUGACGUUAAUGAGUGGCGAUGUCAAGCCCAUCACCAUCACAGAGAUCUACUGCUGCUUCCUCAAGUCCGUCCUGGUGUUCCACGGCGAGGGCCGCAGUCAGGAAGGCUGCAGCCCGCAGCGUCUCCAGGAGGCCCCGCGGGUCCUAAAGGAGAUGCGGCCCAUGCUGAGAGACCUGGGAGCCCUGGCCUUCCAGGGCCUACUGGAGCGGCGCUUCCUCUUCGACCAGGCUGAUCUGAGCUCUUUCUCCCUGGACUGCAGCGGACUGUCCAAGGCCUUCCUGGUGGAGAUCCUCCGAGAGGACCGGGCCUCGCUCACCUACCAGAGGAGCUUCCACUUCCUCCACACUAGUGUACAGGAGUUCCUGGCUGCUCUGUACUACGUCCUGCAGGCCCUCUCCGGCUCAGACCCGUUCUUAGGCCUCAAGUCAGCCGUCGUUGUAGCCAUGUUUCCAGUCGCCCUGCACAAAGUGUUAACCUCCACUGCUAAUAAGCUCCUGACGCCCAGACGGCUCCUGCGCAGAUGCAUCAAGAAGGCUUUCUCCUGGGGUGGACACCAUCAGUCUGGUCACAUGGACCUCUUCUGCAGAUUUGUAUCUGGCUUAUUGGUACCUCAAACCUGUGUCAUCCUGGAUGGACUAUUCCCAGGCAGAUCCCAUAUAUUCCCAUCUCUCUCUUCCUCCUCUCUAUCCCUGCCCUCUCCUUCUCCUCCUCCUUUCACCCCUCCCUUUCUCCUGAGCCUGCUCCACUGCCAGCUCCAAUGUGGCAGACUGAGUCCAGAGAGGCAGGUCAACGUGUGCCACUGCCUGUACGAGGCCCAGGACCCAGGCCUGGUGCAGCGUCUACAAUCCUGGCUGCAGGUGCUGGCCCAGCAACAGGUCCCAGACCAGUCUGGCCCAGCCAAGAGGGACUGGAGCGAGCUGGCCUUCCUGCUGCAGCUGAUCCCAGACCUGCAGGAUCUGAAUCUGGAGGCCCAGGGGCUGGACGCAGAAGGCCUGCGCAGAUUGUUGCCUGUACUCCCUCUCUUCAGCACCCUCAGGCUAGGGCAGAAUCCACUGGGUCCAGAGGGGGCAGUUGUGUUAGCCUGUGCCCUGCAGAGCCCAGACUGCCGUGUCGAGAGACUGUGGGUGGUGGGGACAGGACUGGGUUGUGAGGGACUCAAGGUGCUUACAGAAGGACUGAAAGACAACCACACAGUGGUCGACCUUAGGAUGGCCAUCAAUCACAUUGGCGACGUGGGAGCGGGCUAUCUGGCGGAUCUACUGCGGACCAAUCAUACACUUAAAGAUGUCAGGCUCCGUGACAACCAGAUUACUGAUAAGGGAGCAGGACUCCUCAUGGAAGCACUGACUGAGAAUACCACUCUGGAACAUCUCUGGAUGUUUGACAACAAGUUAUCAAAGGAGGGAGUCAGGAAGCUGAAGCAGUUUGCCAGGAGCACAUCUCAUCUGGACAUCAAAGUGUGCAUCUGAUUUCAUCUGCCUUUCCUGUUGCUGAUGAUGGACUCCAAGUACUUUAUCAUUGGUGGAUGAUGUGGUUGUUUAUCAUUUGUGUGAUAUGGUACUUUUGCACAUAUACAUGGUAUGAAAGAUGUUAUUAGUAUUUAAUUCUUAUUUUUGUUCAAAGAACUAAGAGUUUAUAUUUGGUUGUCAGGUUGUAAUAGGUCAAUGUCAAUGAAAUCGUCAUAGGUCAACACGUUUUUCCAACAGGUUACCUUCUUGUGUUGUCAGAAACGCCGCCUCCAAGUAACGAGUUUAAACGUUUAAACAGCACUUCCAUGGAUGGCCAGCAGGGAGCAAUAGACCUGCAUACACAUGACCUACUGGAAGGCUAGGGUCAUUAUGUGCUAAAUUUAGAUGAUCAUGUUCACUCUAACAAAGUUGGGCAUUAAUGGGUUAACAAUAAUUUGUUGGUAGCCAACUAAAUUUCACUACUUAGAAUUAAUAUAGAAAUGUAUUAAGUUGAGGGUGACAAAAUUAAGUUGAGAAUUUUUUUUUCUACCACAAGAUGUCACCAUCAAUUUAAACUUUUCUGCAGUGUUUUUGUUUGCAUCCUUCCGAGUCUGGUCCAUGGGGACAUGCAUGUCAUUAUCCUUUGUUUCCCAUUUCCAUAGAAAAAAGGAAAAUAUGUAAAGUACCUGAAUCAUAAGGUGAUUUUUGUGAUGACCAGGGACAGUGCUACUAUUACUACAAAUCGAAUUCUAUACUUUGUCACCUGUGAAGGUAGAAACUCAUAAUCCCUUUAUGCACUUUGGAAAAAGUUUGUCUGGAAAUAUUUUUUAAAAACAUCGGGAAAAUGCUUCCCAUUUAACUCAACCAUAAACAAGUUUGCUAUUUUUGUUUUAUCUAUAAUUAGACUAGACAAUGUACGAACCUCUACAUGUAAUUGAAAAUAAAACAAUGCGUGCAA